GCAUCGCCAUUGUUUCUCCUAUUCCCCCGCCCGCCUCUCCGCUCCCCAGAAAAAAUCUCCCUCCGCACGCCGCCGGCUUGUUUGACCUUCCACCGCCACCGCCAAUCAUCUCCGUUCAGCUCCCUGACUCCGCUCCCUGCCUUGUUGUUUCAGGUACCCCGCCGGCUCCCUCUUGUUUCUUCUCGGAUGAUUAAUUCUUCUGUUCUAUUUCGGUUCUGCUCCGUUUGUGAUUGUGGCGCUGUCGUGUUGUCCAAUGGCGAUCUGGAGGCCGUGGAUCUCGGCGCGCCUCUGUUUGUUUAUCGCCGUUUCUCGAACUUGCGGAUAGCGGUUUCCCGGCUCAUUCAGUUUUUUCGUUCAUCCGGUUGAGGGAAUUAGCUAUGGUUUGUGUUCCUCGUUUGAUUUCUGUCGAGUAAUCCGUCCGUCUACGAUCUUGUUCAUUCUUGAUUUCCAGCUGAAAUGAGAUUGCCCCUAGGUUCUUUCGUUCAUUCUGUUUGGGGGGACUUGAUAUUGUGUUUGUCUAUUCGAUCAUGGUGGCUUGAUUGGUGUCUUGUGAGGGUGAUGGGGGGGUUUCAGAGAGAAAACUACUGUUUCCUGUAGGGAAUCUGUUCAUAGUUUUGUUCUCUCUGUUCCAGCCGUGAGUGAAUGAGGUUCAAACCAAGCAUCUAGUCUUAGGUUUAGAAUAGGUGGUCACUGGUCAUGUUCUAGGUUCAUUGGUAGCCCGGAUCUCAUUUCACGUUGCUGAUUCGAUUCUCGUUGGUUCUUAGAAAAGAUUUUGACCUAUGGUUUCUUAUUGCUUGCUGGGCACAGGUUGUCAUCCUAGAACCUAAUGCUUACACUUAACGAAGAAAAAUGGUUUCUUUCUUACAUAUGGUGAUGGGUUUCUUGUUUAGAGACCAUGUGGUUAUAGUUAGCUACUGGCCAACCAUUGACAAGCCUUCUAAAGAGGAUGAGAAAGUUAGGUGUAACUGAUUUGUUCCUCUGGACUUAAGUUCUACCUUCCCUUAGGUUUCAUUAACUCAGGUUUAACUAAUUACUCAAUCGAUUGGUAGUGAUCAUCACUAUGAUUGACCAUCUUCCUCGAAGAAUUGAGAUCUAAAUCAUCUAACUGUGUGUGUUCAUCAAUUUCCGCCUUUCGGGUUGGGAUCCCAAGUUCCUUGCCUCCAUUACCUUCUCUAGCUAUUCAUGUGUGCUUUCUGUGGGCCUUUAUGUUCGAUUUGCUCUGAAAUUUCCAUCCUUCAUCUCGGUUUUGGUAAAUUUGUCUGGCUUUCCUUUGAGGUUUCAUCCUACUGUUGUGGAAGUCAGUCUGAUCAUCCUUUCUCUGCUGCAGAGAGCCAAAUAGUUGGUACUGCUGAAGAACGAAUCUCUCCCAGUGGCCAAUCAAUGGCAUUCCAGCAAUUCUUCCCGCAGGAGUGGAAAUCAGUGGCAAGUGCAGCAGCAGCCACAACAGCCUCAGAAGAACCCAGUUUAAACGAUGGCUUCGACUGCAACAUCUGCUUUGAGUUCGCCAGAGAGCCAGUCGUCACCCUCUGCGGCCAUUUAUACUGCUGGCCCUGCAUCUACAAGUGGCUCCACGUCCAGAGCGCCUCCCUUCCUUCCGACGAGCACCCACAGUGCCCCGUCUGCAAGGCCGAUAUAUCCCACACCACAAUGGUCCCCCUCUACGGCAGAGGACAGUCCACAGAAGAAGAGAUCGAAGGAAAGACCCCCAGCAGCAGUGCCAUUCCCAUCCCACCUCGACCUCCAGCCUGCGUUACCCAGGCUCUUGCAACCAGCAGCACUCAAACAGGUCAGCAGCUUCCUUACCGAAACCCUUACCGGGGCAAUCACCACCACAAUCCACCGAUGGGGUACGCUAGCUUCGACGAAACUGCUACUUCCUCGUCGAUGCCUCCGACCAGUUUCCAGUACCACCCGGGAUACGGGGUGCUCGGGGAGGUUGUGUACGCGAGGGUGUUUGGUAACUCGGAUAGCUUACACGCCUACCCGAACUCGUAUCAGCUUACGCAGAGUGGCGGUUCGAGGUUGUUGAGAAGGCAGGAUAUACAGGCGGACAAGUCCCUGAGCAGGAUCUCCUUCUUCUUGUUCUGCUGCGCACUGCUGUGCCUCAUCGUGUUCUGACCAGAAACCGGGCUGGUUUCGUUUUGGAAGAAAGCGUUUUCCUUUGUAUAAACUGUAAAGAAGAAUUCAGAAACGGCUUGUGAAACUGGUGAUGAAUCGCCGUAUAGACUGAAUGCCAGUCAAGUUAUAAAGAGAAAGAGAAAGAGAUUUUAGCCUGUGAUGAUGACAUUGCUGGUCAUCAUUUUUGUCCCAAGCUUGCCUGCCUGCCUGCCAUUGUGGAUGGAUUGGACUCUUAUCCUGUUGGCCACCGACGGGGUUUAGCUUUCAUAUCCAAGAAGAAUGUAUUUGGAAGUGAUGUGUAUAUCAAAAACGUUUGUGCAAUAUAAUCUACAAUUUAGUUCAGUAAUUUGUGUGGUCUGCAUGUGCUAAUCAUGAUUAUUUGGUAUUUGACGAUGCUAGUAAAAUGAGAUUGAGACUAGUGGGACGUGGGUAGUUGAUUAGACUAGGUGUGUACAUAGAGUAAUUAGAAGUGGUGAGUGGUCCAUAAUCAAUAUUCCAUACGACA